AAACAUCCAUUUACACCAAUAUUUUGUGCGUGUGUGUUUCACCUGUGAUACUCAGAGUCCACCACUUGAGGUGCAUAAACUUACUACGUGGAGUUUUCACGAGCGACAGACCAUCGUGAUGGUCCUUCGACAAAUCGUCGUGGAUGUCCUGAAGCAAGUGCGCUUGUCCCAUGUUGCUGGAGGUCUGGCGGUCAUGGGCGUCGUCCAAGCGACCACCUUGUGGGCCAUGGCGCAGUCCUACCAUUGGUUCUUCGCCGAGGAGGAGGCCAAGCAACGCAGCUUUCUGGAGCGCUAUGGCCGCCCCACGCAGGCUCAGCGCAUGGAGGCCUACACCUGGAUGGCACCCACCUAUGACUCCAGCGUGGAGACCUUAGAAAAAGGCAUCGCAGACCACUAUCGCAAGCACGUCUUCCAAGAUGCCAGUGGCGAUAUUUUGGAAGUGGCAGUAGGUACUGGCCGCAUCUUCAACUUCUUGCGGGCCAGCGAGGUGCGCAGCUUCAUGGGUGUGGACUUGAAUGAGGCCAUGUUAGCGGAGGCCAGGAAGAAGCUGGGAGAUUUGCCCUUUGAGGCGAAGGUGAUCUUGGGCGAUGGGCAUGCACUGCCCUUUCCGGAGAAGUCCUUCGACACCGUGAUCGGCUCCAUGUGCCUCUGUGCUAUGGAAGAUCCCGGUCAGGCUUUGGCUGAGAUGUUGCGAGUCUGUCGACCUCAUGGCAAGGUUCUCUUGGUGGAGCCGGGCGUCGCCCGGUUCGCACCCACUCGAUGGGCACAGAGGCACCUGGGCUUGGUGCCCAAUCCGACACACGAGUGGGAGUAUGGCUAUCGGGGGAACUACGCAUGCCAAGAGCAUUGAGAGAAGGAGAAUCGUAGGCCAGGCCAGGCAGGGCAGUUGAACAGUUGCCAAGCGAGAGAACUGAUCGCGCGCCCGAUCGCGGGCCCCGUUCGAGAGCUCCUUGUCGAGAGAGGACGAUAAUGACGUCUACGCACUCUUAGAAAGCUGCCAGCACUUGAAGGUGAACCGCGUGCAGGUGCGUGGCAUGGGCAAUUGGUACCUGGUCUGGGCUCAGCGCUCCGAGUGACCAUCCAGGUGAGCAAUUUUGGUGGUCAAAGAUGCCACAUCGUAGAAAAUGGAGGGAAGUGAGCCGAAGUGAUUUGACGGUCGCUCAGCUCAGGUGUCAU